CUUUUUAAUACUGUCUUUGAUCGGAACUGCACCGACAGUCACACGUGUGCUUGUUUACAUGCUGCUUUCAAGCCGCAAUUUUUAAGUUAAAUAUGGAUAACAUCAGGGUAUUAGAGUUGUACAGCGGAAUUGGAGGAAUGCAUUAUGCUCUGAAAGAGAGUGGGGUGGCCGCAGAAGUGGUGGCUGCUGUGGAUGUGAACACCACAGCCAAUGAAAUCUACAAACACAACUUCCCCAGCACUCCCCUCAGGUCCAAGACCAUCGAGGGAAUGACAUUGGAUGAUUUCGAUAAAUUUGCCUUUGAUAUGAUUUUGAUGAGCCCACCUUGCCAACCUUUCACCAGAAUUGGCCUACAGGGUGACAUAUCUGACCCCAGAACAAAGAGCUUCCUCUAUAUCCUGGAUCUACUGCCGAGACUCAGCAAACUGCCACGCUUUAUCCUGUUGGAGAACGUAAAAGGCUUCGAGACCUCCUCUGCCAGGGACUCUUUGGUAAGCACCCUAAAGGACUGUGGAUACACUUACCAGGAGCUAAUGGUCUCCCCAACAAGUCUGGGGAUCCCCAACUCCAGACUUCGGUACUUCCUGAUUGCCAAGGCUCCACCCGGAAGCUUCUCCUUCCACACCUCCUCCGAGAUUCUAGAAGGCUUCCCGUCUCCUGCUGUUCAGGUUGUUCCAGAACCUUCCUUAGUCAAAUCUGCUUCCUGUAGAACCGCCUGCCAGGAGGAAGACAAGGAGAAACAGGAAGAAGGAGAUGGGCAAAUCCUGUACAAACUAGAGACGGCCAAACAAGCUGACAGGAAGUCGAGUCAGAACAAUGACACGUCGGUUCGACAGAUCCAAGACUUCCUGGAGCUCGGAGCAGAAGAAGGGAUGGAGGACGAGGAGGAGGGAGAUAAAUACCUUCUCCCAGCUAAGACCCUCCUGCGCUACGCUCUGCUGAUGGACAUAGUCAGACCCACCUGUAGACGAUCGGUUUGCUUCACUAAAGGCUAUGGCCACUACGUAGAAGGAACAGGCUCUGUCCUACAGUCUUGCUUGGAGACAGAGGUGGAGGAAGCGUUCAGAGGUCUGGAGCAGCUGUCGGAUGAGGAGAAGCUGAACCAGCUCUCCAGGCUGAGGCUGCGCUACUUCACCCCUAGAGAGAUAGCCAACCUCAUGGGCUUCCCCAAAACCUUCACCUUUCCAGAGAACAUCACGACCAAGCAGCAAUACAGAGUUCUGGGCAACAGUCUGAAUGUUCAUGUUGUGUCCAGACUCAUACAGCUAAUGGUCUCCUAACCACAAAAACCCCUCCUGGAGAGGAGGGACAGAGACUUGAUAAUCAGACUUUUCUGGAAGAAAUGUAGCCUGACUGGGCUAGCCGGGCUGAGUUGGACUACAACUCCAUGGAGUCAUUGUUUAACUUUCCCCCGAUGCAAAUGACCGUGUGUCGACCAGUUUCCAUGGUCUGCUCAAUCUGUUGUUCUGGAUGGAUGGAGAUCAAAUUCUGCUGUUGGUUGGUGCACUGUAUGUGUGGGUUCAAAUCCCCAAAAGACCACAGCAACUUGAGUUUAGCUUGAAUCCUAACUGAAUAAAAAGUUAUAUA